GGCGUGGGGAUUCCGGAGGGAGCCCCUCCCCUCCGCAGGGCGGUUCCUCCAGGCGUCGGGAGAAGCGCAAUUUGCCCGCCAUGGCUGCUCUUCAGCUCCUGAUGAUGGUCCCGGCGCUGGGCAGCUUCCUGUUCACCUUCGGGACCGGCGUGGAGCUCAUCCGCUUCGUCUCCUUCCGCGCUCUGUUCCUGCAGCCAGGGACGGGGGCUGCCCAGCACAGAACCGAUGCUGCUCCUAAUCUUCAAUGGGAAGCUGCCCUGAGGGAUCCCAAGAUUCUGCGGCCACUAAUGGUGGACGUGGGCUUAAUUGUCCUCUUCAUCCUGCAGCACAGCCUCAUGGCCACUCAGCAAGUCAAACACUGGACCAGAAGUUGCUUUGGAGUUCUACAGAGAUCUUUCUAUGUCUUCUGCACAGCACUGACUCUCCAGCUGCUGAUGAGGUACUGGCAGCCUGUGCAGGAUGCUCCUGUGCUCUGGAAUACGAGCAGGGAGCCGUGGGUCACUUGGGUCCCUCUCAUGUGCUUCAUCCUCCACGUCAUUGCUUGGCUGGUCAUCUUUAGCAUCCUCCUCAUCUUUGACUACGCAGAGCUGAUGGGGGUCAAACAGGUUUACUACCACUGCCUGGGCAUGGGGGACCCUUUGGCCGUGAAGUCCACAAGUGCCAUCCGCCUCUUCUCCCACCUGCGUCACCCUGUGUACCUGGAGUUUCUCCUCAUCCUGUGGGCCGUUCCCUGCCUUUCUCUUGACCGCCUGCUCCUCGCAUUGCUCUUCACAGCCUACAUCACCUGCGCCCACAACCUUGACCAGCAAGACUACCUCUACCUGCGAGCUCAGCUGGACAAGAAGUUCCAGAUCUUCUCCCGUGAGGAGGCAGCCUAUGGGGAUCUGCUGGCUCAGAAUGGCCCCUCCGUCCUUAAGAACUGAACCGGUGUGGCCCCAAUUUUAUAUGCGGGUGCUGGUGUCCUAGUAUAUUGGGGCCUGAGAGCCUGGUACCUUGCACUCUCCCAUGCUAAGCACUGAACGAUGAAAUGUGCCUUCUAUCUCCUUUUGCUUUUACGCACUCGGGACUUGAGUGGUCUAUAAAUGGGACCUAAGAGUUCUGGCUUCCAGCAGGCCUACUUUGCUACAACUCUUAGAACACAUAUAAGGAGCUCUACAUGGUGAUCCCAGGUUGAGCCACAUGGUCCAGUAGGUUGGAAUCCUUGAGGAAAGAGGUGGAACUCCAAAGAUGGCAGAAUUCAACCCCAAGUUCCUUGGAGGGAAGUCUCUAGAGCAGGGGUGGGGAAAGCCUAUGGCCCUCCAGAAGUUGGUGGACUUCAGCUGCCAUCAACCUCUGGAGGGCUGUGGGUGCCCCAUACCUGCUGUAUAGGCUUAAAGGGAUAUAUUGGGCCCAAAAAGAGUCGUCGUCCCCACUAGUGCUAAGAAGAACAAUGAGUCACUGAUAACCGACUGGAAUUUAGGUGAGGUGGUCAGGUUGUUGCUGUUUGUGGGAGGCUUUUUUACGAUUUACAACUACAGACAGCAGGCAGGUAGGUCAACAGACAAAAUGUUCCCCAUCUCUGGCAAAGCUGGGCCCUGUGGAAUCAGUGGGGCACUGCCCUAGUAACCUCAGUCUGCCCCCAUCCAUUCCCCACCUGCUAGCGGGCUUUACUUCCAACCAGUCAGGGGGUGGCUCUGUCUGUCAUGGACUCUGCUGCUGGCCUUCCUGCCCUAGAGGGCACCAGGCACACCUGACUGGGAUUCUGCAGCUGCUAAAAAGCACAGAAGAUGCCUCAGUUGAAAUUCAUUAUAAUAACAAAGCAUUAGAACUGGGUUUUUCAAUUCAUUUUCUGCUACAGAACUUCUGCCCAAGUGAUUUUUAAAGUAUAGGAUUUUUAACUUUGAUUCACAAGCAAGAACUAUUUUAAAGAGGUAGCAGCCUAGAUAAUUUGUGAAGUGGGCUGUGAGGUCUUUUUGCUUUUUGCAAAUAUACCUCUUCAGCACAGUGUCUUCCAAAUACAUUUCUGUUCCAAGCAAGCCAUCAGAAUUCAUUGCCCAUCCUCUUGCUUCUGUCGCGUCAAUUCAGUUCCAAAGCAUUCUUAAUUCCAAGGCCUACCUGGGUUGAAGAAGACAAGGCCUUGAGAAAGAUUCUGGUCACCCUGGCCGUCCAGCAGUGGACCACCUGCCUCUCAAACCCAAAUAUAUCUCCAUGCGGUGGGUGACUUUUAACUCGCCCCGCCCAUCAGAAUUAAUGACAAAAAAUAUAAUUUAUGUGAUCUUUGAAUCAAGUACAUUUACAGGCAAAAGCGGGCUGGGGGGGCAGGGGUUGAUUCUAGGAUUAUGUCUCCAGGCUCUACCUAGCAAUGGUUGAUCUUUGCCUUCAUUUGUAACUCAAUGCCUUGAACAUCCACUAGCAUUUCUUUUUAAAUGCUGAUAAUGCUUUUAUUGUAGCUUUUUUAUUAUUAUUUCUGUACCCCCUUGCUAACCAAGUAUUUUUAUACAUAUGAAAAGCAAAUCUUGGAUUGAGAAGAUAAUGGUUUGUAAAGUAAAAAAACGGGUGUGUGUUUUUAAAAAAA